GUAUGGACUGUUUGGUCUAUGGUGCUUCUGGGUGACAUGCGCAGUGGGGUUCUUGUCGUAGUUGAUAGAAUUUACAGUGAACACGUGUUUUGGACAAUUUCAGUUAAAUACAGUAAAUUACAGUUAAAUUCAGUCUCCUUCAGCGGACGUCCAAGUGUCAGCAGCGUUGAUUUCACUAAAAGCAUGUUCGCUGAGGAGGCUGAAUGGAACGAUGGUCCAGAGGCAAAAGCUCUUACGGAAGCAGUAAUCCACGGCACGCCGAUGCCAGAAAACUUCAAUGCUACGACCAAGAUUAGCAGGAAGAGAAGCCUGCUGCGAACACUCCAUACUCUGGGCUCGCUUCCCACCUGGACCAACGGCACUGCUCACGAGGCCAGCGAAGAUAGCGAGACAGAAGGAACAACCUUGCCUGCUAAGAGGAGGAAGAAGCGGAGCAAAAAGCACAGGAGAUCGGCACCAACUGAAGAUGAAAGCAAGCAGAAAGAGGCGGAGGUGGUGCCUGGAACUAUAGUGAUAGAAAGGAAGAAAAAGGAGAAAAUACCAGAAGGCUCCUUGGACAAGAAAAAUACAAAACCAGUAAAUGAAAGUGAGGGGGUGGAUUUCCAGAAGGAAACGAGCCAGAUUGCAGGUAAGGAGGAGACACGGUUAAGCCGCCAGCAGUGGAAGAACAAGAUGAAGAACAAGAGGAAGUGUAAAAACAAGUACAUGCAAAAUGACGAGCUGCCGCAGAGUGUCCCCAAAGCAGAUGAAAAUCGACAGAUAAAAAAUGGUGGAAACCCAGAUAUGUCAAUGCAGGAGGAAGGUGCUCCAACACAGAAGAAUAAAACAAAACGGAGAAAGCAGGACACCCACAAUAUUCAGCUGAGCAGCCAACAUGCAGGGGCAAUAGAAGCAAAUGCUGUGUCCGUGGGUGGUGACACCACCCAAAAGGAACAAAAAGAACAUAAACCUGGCAGGAUCAAAGGUGAAUCGCAGGUGGCCGGUGAAUCUUCAUGUCGAGUGUCAAAGUCUAGGGAGGUGAAUUCCUCAAGGAACGGAGAGGAGAAGAAAGAUGCCAAAAUCAAAAGUACAUUUGAGGUUCAGCAGCAGAUUGCACAAAAGAAAAAACUGCAGAAGAUGCUACAACAUGGAGAGGCAGUUGGCAAGGGGAGAAUAGUGCAGGAGGAGACAGAGGACAGUCACAGUGGGGUAGAAGAGGAGAGAGGGAAGACCACAGAGGGCAUUAUUGACCGCUCAGCUGCCCUGAAGUUCCGAAUGGAGCAGCGCUUGGAAGCAGCCCGGUUCCGCUACAUCAACGAGCAGCUGUACACCUCAACCAGCAGCACGGCCAGGCGCAUGUUUAAGCAAGACCCCCAAGCCUUCGACAUAUACCAUCGUGGGUUUACGACACAGGUUCAGCAUUGGCCUGCCAAUCCGGUGGAUGCCAUCAUUGCCUACAUUAAGCACAAGCCAGCCACCCGGGUAGUGGCCGACUUUGGGUGUGGGGACUGCAAGAUUGCACGCAGCGUGAGGAACAAAGUCCACAGCUUUGACCUGGCACCUGUCUGCGACAUUGUUACGGUUUGCGACAUGGCUAAUGUUCCUCUUCCUAACGCCAGUGUGGAUAUUGCUGUGUUCUGUCUGUCCCUUAUGGGGACCAACCUCAGGGACUUCCUGGUGGAAGCCAGCCGCGUGCUUGUGAUGGGGGGUGUCUUGAAAAUAGCAGAGGUGGCCAGUAGAUUUGAGAAUGUACGCAGCUUUUUGGGUGCACUUUCUGCUCUUGGGUUCAGGUUGGUUUCCAAGGACACAGAAAACAGAUAUUUUUACAGUUUUGAGUUUGUGAAGACUGGGAAUGCACCAGAGAAAAGCAAAACUAGCGGCCUGGAGCUAAAGCCAUGUGUGUACAAGAAACGGUGAUGAUUAACGAGAAGCAACGCUGUCUGGAAACAAGACUGGAUGGAUUGUGAAGGCCUGGAGAGACAUGAUACAGAGACUGCAGCCAGAGCAUGGAGACUCUGUACCACAGAAGCUGGAGGGAGCAUCUCUAAUGAUGCAAAGCUAAGAAAAUCCCUGGAACUCAGGCCACUGGAAAACAGAGAAUCCUGAUGGUGCAGUGCUGAGUGUGGAAGCAUUUUGGUCUCAAAGUUUGGUUCUGUAAAUAACAAACGUUCUUAAUGUUUAGUAAUUUUAAUAGCUCUAAGGGAAAUGAUCUCAUUAUGGUUCCAGACCAACACGACCACAGAAAGUCACAGAGGCUAAACCAGCUGUCAUUUCUCAGGGCCCUUUUAAGCAGAUUUGUCUUGUCAUGGAAUUUGUAUACAUUUGUACAAAUGUGAAAUAUUCUGUAUAAAAAAGGAAAACAUA